AUGGCUUCCGAUAAUGAAAAGGACUCGUCAUCAAAGAAGAAAACCGAAGCCCAUGAACAUGAUGAUGAUGAUGACGACGAUGAGCAGGAGAAAAUGACACCGUUCUUAGUGGCAGCAAAGUAUGGCAUAGUUGAAUUGGUGGAAGAGAUUCAGUCCAGGAUACCAAGUGCCAUCUACAACACCAACUCAAAGAAGCAAAACGUGUUGCUGGUGGCAGUGAUAAAUAGGCAACCCCUUGUUAUUGAGAAAUUGAGGAAGAUAAUAUGGCCUUUGAAACCAAACAUUUGGAAGAACAUGGUGGGAGCGACAGAUGAUGAGGAGAACACAAUGUUGCACUUGGCAGCAGCUGCUUUAGAAGUGAACUCUUGGACCAUAGCUAACUCGACCUUGCAAAUGAUGUGGGAUACGAAAUGGCAUGAGUAUAUUAGGGGCAUAAUGCCUGAGGAGAACUACUUGAGAAUCAAUCACCAUAGGAAAACAGCAAAGCAAAUCUUCAUCAAAUCACACAGAGAUCUUAUUAAGAAUAGUAUCACAGAGCUGAAGGAGACAUCAGUAGCUUGUAGUGCUGUAGCUGGUAUCAUUGCCAGUGUUGCCUUUGCUUCCACCAGCAGCACCAGCGGCGGCGGCGGUAACGGUAGCGACAACAAAGGACUGGAAGUAGGCAAACUCGAGUCCGACGAUACACUGGCCGUUGCUUCUCUUGUUGGGCUUUGCUUGUCCGUAUCUUCAAUCAUAAUGUUCCUUUCUCUUUACAAUUCUCGAAAACUAGCCGACGAUUUUCGGAGAUCCUUGCCACUGAAACUUCUUCUGGGUUUAAUCUUCCUGUUCCUCUCAGUUGCAGCAAUGAUUAUUUCCUUCAGCUCCAGCCAAUACUCUCUCCUUAGUCACCAUGGUCGCUCCUUCUUGAUUCCGCUUUAUGCAGCAACUUCCUUUCCUGUUUGUUUAUUUGUCCUCGUCCAGAUUCCACGUUGCUUUGAUAUUCUCAAAACUAUUAUAUCUUCUCAACUUCCCUGA